CGGAAGUUUCCAUCGCAUGCAACGCGAGUCACGCUCUGACGAGCCACCAAGAGGACCUCCCUUUCAGCCGGGACCCUGGGGCAACGAGCCUUAUCCUAGGCGAGGUAACAACUCUCCUCAUCGAGAUCAUCGAUUUUGGGGGGAAGCACCUCCCUGGAGAGAGAGAGAACAUCAAUAUUACGUGGAUCGUGAGCGGCCCCCGAGCAACUACUACCCUCCUCGCGACUUAUCGGGCCCAGGUUUCCAUCGAGGCCCUGAGCAUAACUGGGAUAGACGUGCUCCUCCACCCCCACGCUCAUUUUCUUCACAUCGUCACACCCAGGGUGAUCGUGAUCAUUUUAAAGGAAAUCGUCGGCCAAAAUAUUCGGGCCAAGGUAAAGAUCUUUCACCUUCUGCUGAGACGAGCAAGCCCACAACUCACACACAUUCUGGUAGCAUGGGAGGAGCAGGGAAGGAACAACACUCUAAUGAUGUUUCAGAGGGAAAACAAACGCACGUUGAUGGUCCCUCACUGACACCUCAUGCUGCUGCCAGCAGUCAGGAUGCAUAUAAAGAAGAGGGGAUGGAAGUGGAUCCCUUGACGGCUAUCUUUGAUGGAGAUGUGGAGCACUGCAUCAGUGCUGUGGCCACCCACCUCAAACUCAGUAGGGGAACAAAGCUUGUCAUCGAAGCUUCACCAACUUCUGACCCAAAGUGUACAGUACCAACAGCGCCCUCGAAAUUGACGAGGCGUACAUUGCGGAGUGGGGGCGAGCAAAAUAAGCCAUGGGAGCCCCCUGUCAAGAACACUAGUCCAACGACCUUGGUAAUACUUAAUCCAGUCCUCGACAAGGCUCCUGAUUUUCCCACAAGAACUCUAGCCCAAGAAUUUAUCAAAUCUCUUGAGAAGAGAUGGAGGCGAGAUAGCGCGGCCCAGCUACAA